AAAUCAGAAAGAGAAAAAGACCUCUUUGCUAUUUAAAGUCCCAAAACAAUAUCAUUACUAUCCAUAUCCAUAUUCUUACCAAUAUAUGCAAUUAUGGAGAUACUUGUUGCCUUCACCUCUUUUCUCUUGUUGCUUCAGUACUAUGUUAUAAGUAGUUCAGCCAUGACCCAACUUAACAUCUCCACUGAUCAAUUAGCUCUUCUUUCUCUGAAAUCUCAAAUCGUUUCAGACCCCUUUCACUUCUUGGAUGAAAGUUGGUCUCCAGCUACGUCUGUUUGCCAUUAGCUUGGAGUCACUUGUAGCUCUCGUCACAAGAGAGUGAGAUUCUUGAAUCUUUCAAACAUGGCUCUUAUGGGCGUAAUACCCCGUGAACUCGGGAACCUCACAUUUCUUGUUUCUCUUGACUUGGGAAGCAACAAAUUCCAUGGAAAUUUGCCUCAAGAAAUGGCACACUUGCAUCGACUUAAGUUUCUUGAUUUAAGUUUCAACAGCUUUAGCGGGGAGGUUCCCUCUUAUUUUGGGUUUUUACACCAACUUCAAGUACUAAAGCUUGGAAAUAAUAGUUUCACUGGUUCCAUCCCUUCUUCAUUUUCUAAUAUUUCAAAACUUGAGACUUUGAAUCUGAAAUUCAAUUCCAUAGAGGGUCAAAUCCCAAAAGAGAUUAGAAGACUUAUAAACCUUAGAGUAUUAAACUUGAGGGGUAACAAACUCGUAGGCUUUAUUCCUAUGUCUCAAGGUUGGAGACUUUGGAGAUAUCUUAUAAUUCACUUCAAGGAAACAUUCCAGAAGGUAUCGGAAAUCUUCACAACAUGAAAGUGCUAUCUAUACAAGGUAAUCAACUUAAAGGUUCUAUACCUUUCACAAUUUCCAAUAUUUCAAGAAUCGAAGUCAUUGCACUUGCAACCAAUAACUUAUCAGGAGAUCUUCCCAAUGGUUUAUGCAAUGGUAUCCCAAUAAUCAAAGGGAUUUUUUUAUCCACAAACGAGCUUCGAGAUCAUAUGCCUACAAGCUUAUCAAGUUGUUCUCAACUUCAAAUUUUGUCUUUAUCAUAUAAUGAGUUUGAUGGUCCAAUAAAUAGUGAAAUUGGAAGAUUGAGUAACUUGCAGAUAUUAGAACUCGGAACCAACCAUUUCUCUGGGAUAAUUCCACAAGAAAUUGGAAAUCUUGUUAAUUUGGUACAGUUAGCCAUGGAGGAUAAUCAGAUUACUGGUUCUGUCCCAAGCUCCAUAUUCAAUAUCUCAUCACAGCAAAUUUUGUCACUGGCGCUGAACAAUCUUAAGAGGAUUCUUACCACGGGAGAUUGGCAACUUAACCAUCAUGCAGACUCUACAGAUUAGUGGAAAUAAGCUUAUAGGUACAUAUAUAUUCUAAUGGUGUCUCAUGUUAGUUUUUAUAGAUCCAUUAGAACUUUUACAACUAGAUGAAUUUAUGUAUCUAAUGAGUAAUAAAAUGUAACAAUUAUAAAUAAAUCUUCAAGCGUAUGACAAGAAACACCAUAUAAGGAGCGUCUUUUAAUGUUUAAAAUUAAUCUGUUUUAAGAAAUAACAAGUAAAUUUGAACUUCUAUUGGCAGUUGCCUAACUUCUAAUAAAGUAUCGGUCUAUAUAUUUGAGUCCAUAUAAAAAUACAAACCUGCACAAUCAGAAAUUCUUAGAAAUUUAAAUUAAGAACUUUAAUGGAGUAAAAAAAAAUAUAAUAUGUACAUCCUUCUAAACACUUUGAUCAAUAACAAUAGGAAAAAGAAGUAUAUAGUUAUGAGUUCUUGUUGACACCUUCUCCCAUAACCAAUUAAAAUUCAAGAGUCAUCUAUCAAGUCAAACUAAAGCAUGAAUCACAUAGAUAAGCAUUGAGCUAAAUACCCAAUUAAAAUUCAAGAGUUCAUCUCAUGUGUUGACAGGUGAAAUACCCAAUGAGAUAAGCAAUCUCGUUGAGUUAGAGGAAUUAGUUCUUGGGGAUAAUGGAUUUAGUGGUUCACUUGAUGUGGAAAUCUUCAACAUAUCCGGGCUGAGAGUGAUUUCUCUUUCGGUCAACAAUCUAUCAGGAAGCCUCCCACCAAACAUGGGUUCUAUCUUACCCAACAUUGAAGAGCUUUAUCUGAGGAACUUAACCAAUCUUGUUGGGACUAUUCCUCAUUCCAUCUCCAAUUGUUCCAAACUUACUAUUCUUGAGCUUUCAAACAACAAAGUCACCGGCUUGAUUCCCAACUCACUUGGAUAUUUGACUCGUCUACAGUUUCUAAAUUUAGGGGGAAACAAUUUAACCAGCGACUCAUCAUUAAGCUUCCUGACUUCCUUAACCAAUAGCAGAAAUUUAAUAGUUCUUGAUAUGUUUUUCAACCCUCUAAAUGGCAUGCUUCCUGCCUCCGUGGGGAACCUUUCCACAUCUCUUUUAAAGUUUCACGCCAACAGUUGUAAAAUCAAAGGGCGAAUUCCAAAUGAAUUUGGGAACUUAAGCAGCUUAUUGUUCCUUGAUAUUUCUGAAAACAAUUUCGUUGGAUUGAUUCCCACAACAAUUGGAAACUUGAGAAACCUUCAGCGCUUCAUCUAGAGUAACAACAAACUUACAGGAUUUGUUGGUGAUCAUAUAUGUAAAUUGCAGCAUCUGGGUGAUAUUUACUUGGAUCAAAAUCAACUUUCAGGAUCUCUUCCUAAUUGUUUAGGGAAUAUUACUUCCCUUAGGGAGCUACAUCUUGGUUCCAACAAAUUGAGUUCCAAUAUACCACCAAGCUUAGGGAACCUUCAAGAUCUAGUGGUUCUUGACUUAUCGUCAAACAACAUGGUAGGUUUUUUACCUCCAGAAAUUGGAAAUCUAAAGGCUGCGACACUAAUAGAUCUUUCAAUGAAUCAAUUUUCAAAUAGAAUUCCAAGAGAAAUUGGAGGAUUGCAGAAUCUGGCACACCUUUCUUUGACACACAACAAGUUCCAAGGAGCUAUACCAGACUCAAUGAGCAACAUGGUAGGUUUGGAAUUCCUAGACAUUUCUGAUAAUAAUAUAUCGGGAACUAUUCCCAUGUCUUUGGAGAAACUCCAGAACCAUAAGUAUUUCAAUGUUUCUGUCAACAAGUUGUACGGUGAAAUACCCUCGGCGUGUCCUUUCAAGAACCUCUCGAGUGAGUUUUUCGUCGACAAUGAAGCAUUGUGUGGUUCUUCAAGAUUUAAUGUCCUGCCAUGCCCCACUUCAUCAAAACACAAAUCCAAUAGGAAAAAGUUGCUACUUCCAUUUCUUUUGCUGGGAAUCACAUUGUUAUUUGGUCCUACAACUGUUGUGUUUUUAUGGAUAAGGUAUCGAAGAGGUAAUAGAGCCCCUCAACAAGCUGAUUCAUUGUCUGCCAUAACACAAGAAAGAAUUUCAUACUAUGAACUACUCCAAGCAACUGAUGCGCUUUGCGAGAGUAAUCUGAUUGGUUCUGGAAGUUUUGGCUCUGUCUACAAAGGCAUUCUCAGAAGUGGAACUGCCAUUGCUGUUAAAGUGUUCAAUUUUCAACUGGAUGCAGCAUUCAGGAGUUUUGAAACAGAAUGUGACGUUUUGCAUAGCCUUCGCCAUAGUAAUCUCGUAAAAGUUAUUACCAGUUGUUCCAACAUUGAUUUUAAGGCUUUAGUGCUUGACUACAUGCCUAAUGAGAGUCUUGAUAAGUAUUUGUAUUCACACAAUUACUUCCUCGAUAUCAAGCAGAGAUUAAGCGUAAUGAUAGAUGUGGCAUGUGCUUUGGAAUAUCUUCACCAUGGGUGCGCAUUGACAGUGAUUCACUGUGAUGUGAAGCCUAGUAACGUCUUGUUGGAUGAGGAUAUGGUUGCCCACCUAAGUGACUUUGGCAUCUCCAAACUUCUUGGUGAAGAUGAGUCUGAUUUAUACACCAAAACCUUAGCAACACUGGGUUAUAUUGCUCCAGAGUAUGGACAAGAUGGAUUGGUGUCUACUAAAUGUGAUGUCUAUAGUUAUGGAAUCAUGUUGCUGGAAACGUUUAGUAGGAGAAAGCCUAGUGAGUUUGAGGGAGAUCUUAGCUUGAAGCACUGGGUGAGUUAUUCACUUCCCGAUGCAGUAAUAGAUGUUGCAGAUGCCAACUUGGUUCUACCAACAGAUAAUCACGUCAUGAAGAAGUUGGAUUGUGUGGCAUCAAUCAUGAAAGUAGCAUUAGAUUGCUGUGAUGAAUAUCCAACAAGACGGAAAAACAUGAAAGAUGUUGUAGGGAUGCUACAAAAGAUCAGAAUUCAACUUCUCGCUUGUUGAACAUGCUCUUGGAAACUCUUGUUCCAAAUAACUUGUUUUGUUGCAAGUGUUUGCUAAAUAAUUGUAUUGAUGAGAAGAAUGUAUUUUUUUUGUCUAUAAAAGGAAUUUUAUGAAUUACCAAGGAAUAGUACUCCUACACUUCAUUGUUCUUA